AACAUGCCGUCAAUCACUUCCGGAGUCAACAAAUCUUCCACACAUUUCAGGAAUGUUAUCUAACCUGCAAGAAGAUCAUAUCAAACAUAUUGUCAUACAUUGGCAAGACUUGCUUUUCAGAGAGACUAGCUAUAUUUCGUAGGGAAUGCAGUCAGUGCUACGAUAGCUGUAAAUGUUAAGUGAAAGGGCAUAGGCUUGUUGUGUGACUGGGCUGGCUGAGUUAGCAUGCUAUGGAUUUCUCUGUUUUAAAAACGGUGGUUGCACAGUUGGUUAGCAUCCUAGCUACACCAAACGUAAACGUUAGCUAACUAGCUACUAUCGACAAAAUGACUCACAUGCUUGCUGUCAUCUGUUAAAUCUGGUUUAGAUCACUAUAGCGUCAGCUAGCUAGCCACCAACACCAACUUUCUCCACUUUCUACCUCAAUAGGUUGCCUCUCUAAAGAAAAGGUAAAGUGACAUUAUAUUGCACAUGAGCGUCCUCUGUAUACUUUCCAUGGCGGCUCGAAGCUUCACAUUGUCGGGGGCGUCCGGCGGUCUGAUACGGUCGCGUGUAUUGUUCCCGUGUUCGAUCACAAGGAAAAUGUCAUCCAGAAGACAAAUGGACCAUCUAGAGAGGACAGCCAGCAACUACAGACAAGAUCGUGUAUAUCCGGCGCGGGUAUGCAGCAUCAUGGACGAGUCUGAGACAGUGAAACGCCUCCGGCUAGCUGUCCAUCCAGACUUCACUUUCAGAGCUGGCCAGUGGGUGGACUUCUUUAUCCCUGGUAUGGAGAAGGUAGGAGGAUUCUCUGUAUGUUCCAGUCCAGGUCUGCUGUUAUUGAGCUGGCUGUCAAAUGCACAGAACAUCCCCCCCGCACAUUGGAUACACACCAAGUGCACUAUGGACUCCCAUGUAGCGAUGCGUGUGGGUGGUAACUUCUUCUUUGACCCCCUGCCCUUUGACCCCUGUGUUGACCUGUUUGGGGGCGUGGGCAUUAACCCUUUAUACUCCAUCCUGCUUCACGUCGCUGACCUGUAUGACAGAACCCCGCAAAAGUAGGGAGGGGCUACAACAGGCUCCACCCACCUCUGCUACAGCGCCAAGAACGCACAAGAGCUGCUCUUCAAAGUGAGGGGGGCGAGGGGUAUGUGGGUUGACUCAUAACUCGCAAUCCGUGUG